UCCAUCAAAACUCUCACCAAUCAAAUGUCAAAAAAGAAAAAAAAUCCAUGAAAAUGACUUCACUCUGUACCAAUCACAGUAAAUAAUGUAUGGAUCUCCACAGUCUGAUGUGAAAAGGAAAUGUGGGGUCAAGUAUGUUAGAAAUGGAGAAACUGAGGGGUCUGAUGUGAAAAUAACUGAAACACUUCAAAGUCCUAUAUCUGAAACAACUGAUUCUUGAAUCAAUGUUCCAACUUCCAUAGUACCAAUUUGGAAAGUUAAAGAUUUUUGCGCGGGAAGCAGUUAUAACUUAUGCAUAUCGACUUGCAGGACGCCAUUUCUGAGGUUGUGGAAGAAUAUUUACUAUGAACAUUCAGGAAUUGUUUAUGCUGGCAUUAAUGCCUGUUCUAAAAACGCUGUUGAUUGCGGUUGUUGGCUUAUUUCUUGCCUUAGAUCGUGUGAGUAUUUUGACUGCAGAAGGACGGCACCAUCUGAACAAUCUUGUAUUCUACGUCUUCUUUCCAUCACUUUGUGCUAGUGGUCUCAUCAGUUCAAGUACAGUGACCGGCAUAUUUUCUUUGUGGUUUGUCCCAAUGAGUAUUCUUAUUACGUUUCUUGUUGGAUCAGCUCUCGGUUGGAUACUUGUCAAAAUCACUAGAACGCCUCACCAUUUGCAUGGCCUUGUUAUCGGUUGUUGCGCGGGAGGAAACAUGGGGAACUUGCCUGUCAUUAUAAUCCCAGCCAUCUGUGCCGAGAAAAACAAUCCGUUUGGAGAUCCAUUUACGUGCUCUAAAAAUGGAAUGGGUUAUGUAUCCCUCUCUAUGGGGAUAGGAGCUAUUGGUGUCUGGUCGUAUGUAUAUAAUAUCGUACGGGCAUAUGGAAAGAAGGAGGAUGGGGAUGUCUCAGCCUACUCUAGAUUAAGAGAAAAUCAGCAUGGUGAAACGUCAAAACAAUCCUUGGACAGUACUACAAGAACACUGCUACCAAGUAGUAACUCGAAGGUCGAUGAAGCUUCAGUUUCGUUACGUGCUGUCAUUGAGAAAAAGGUGAAAUCGUUGGUGGAAUAUAUCGACCUGAGUGUGGUUUUCAGACCCCCUACAAUUGCAACGAUUGUUGGCAUUAUCAUUGCUUCAGUCUCUCCAAUCCAAGAUAUCUUGGUUGGCUCUGGUGCUCCACUUCGUUUCAUCGAGAGUUCCGUUGUUUUGCUAGGGGAGGCAGCAAUUCCAUCCAUGACCAUUAUAAUGGGUGCAAAUCUUCUAAGAGGUUUCAAGCGAUCAGGAGUGGGAGUUUCACUUCUUUUUGGGAUCAUUGUAGUCCGAUUCAUUUUCUUGCCAAUCAUUGGCGUUGCUGUUAUUACGGCUGCAAAAAAUCUAGGCAUGGUGGGAUCAGAUCCUUUAUAUCACUUUGUUAUUCUCUUGCAAUAUGCGGUUCCACCUGCAAUGGCCAUAGGUACUAUCACUCAGUUGUUCGAAAUUGGUGAGACUGAAUGUUCUGUUAUCAUGUUCUGGAAUUACGCCGUGGCAUCAAUCGCGUUGACGCUUUGGUGUACAUACUUCAUGUAUAUCCUGUCUUGAAUACUUUUCAGUAGCUGCUUGUUAUAUUAUCUGAGGGGAGCCUUGGCGCAAUGUUAAGAGUUGUUGCCGUGUUACCAGGAGGUCACAGAUUCAAGUCAUGAAAAACAACCUCUUAAAGAAGUGCAAGUUAAUGCUACAUACAAUGGAUGCAGUGUGGUUCGACUCUUCCCCCAACUUCGCGUAUUGUGGGAGCUUAGUGCACUAGACUAUCAUUUUCAUGGCUAAUUUGUAAAAAAAUAAAAAAAAUAAAAAAUUUACGAGCUACAUAUUUUGUCAAUUGACUUGAGGAUGACAGUAUUGUACCAUAAUGUUCUCUUUGUCCGCUUUUCACUUUAUCUCUGGAAAUUCAGCGUGUAAAUUAUGUUUUUUUUUUCACUUAAGUGUGAUCUUAUGA